AUGUACCGGCCACGGCCAGUCGUAAACCAAGAUGGUGCAGGCACACCGUCCAAGCCGCUGCAGGCCAGCUCCACGAACAGCGUCGACCGUCUAUCGAAACCCUUCAAAUGUCCUGGCCUAGCCACGGCUACACGAGCAUCAGACAAGCCAGCGAGGAAGCGUAGGAAGGUGAACUAUGCAGGGGCCGAUGGCACGGUGGACGACGACAGCGUCAAGCCUUAUACAAACGAGGACCGCUUAGCGCUGGCAACAAGAGAUGCGAACAGGUUUCCUAGCUUCAAGGUCAAGGACAAAGAGAUGACAUUCAGGCAAAAAUUUAAGAUUCCUCUGAUCAAUAAGUCGUCUGAUGCCUAUAAUAGCUCUAGGCCAGCGCCUACGCUUGGUAUGAGGCAAGGCGCUACAUUUGUUGUGAAGCCACUGCAUGAUCCGAGCGGGGAGUUUGCUAUAGUACUAUAUGAUCCAACAGUCGAUGAUGUCAAUGAGCCAGAAUCGAAGGAAGAGGCCACAGCCGAUGCAGAGGAGCAGAAGCCAAAAUUGGAUGAGCCAUUGGUACACAAGAGCUUGGCAGAUAUUCUUGGGCUCAAGAAGAAGACUGAAGGGCGACCGAAGGUCCCGGUUGUUAUAGAUCCACGACUGGCGAAAGUGCUACGGCCUCACCAGGUUGAGGGUGUCAAGUUUCUUUAUCGUUGUACAACUGGCAUGGUUGACAAGAAUGCGAAUGGUUGCAUCAUGGCAGAUGGGAUGGGUCUGGGCAAAACGCUUCAAUGUAUCUCAUUGAUGUGGACUCUACUCAAGCAGUCCCCGGAAGCGGGAGUAACAACCAUACAGAAGUGCAUCAUCGCUUGCCCGUCAAGUUUGGUUGGAAAUUGGGCCAAUGAACUUGUGAAAUGGUUGGGCAAGGAUGCCAUCACACCAUUUGCGGUCGACGGUAAAGCCUCGAAGACGGAGCUCAUCAGUCAGAUGAAACAAUGGGCCAUUGCUUCGGGUCGGUCUAUUGUCAGACCAGUACUCAUUAUUUCAUAUGAAACACUCCGGCUAUAUGUCGAUACACUGAGAGACAGUCCCAUCGGCCUACUUCUUUGUGACGAAGGACAUCGAUUGAAGAACAAGGAGAGUUUGACAUGGACAGCGCUCAACGGCCUGAAUGUACAGCGUCGGGUGAUUUUGUCAGGCACUCCCAUUCAGAACGAUCUCUCGGAAUACUUUGCUCUUCUCCAUUUUGCGAAUCCUAAUCUACUGGGGUCGCAGAAUGAGUUCCGGAAAAGGUUCGAAUUGCCUAUUCUUAGAGGAAGAGACGCCGCAGGAACCGAAGAAGACCUCAAGAAGGGUGAUGAGCGCCUUGCCGAACUCUCCAGCAUCGUAAACAAGUUUAUCAUACGACGCACGAACGACAUUUUGUCAAAGUACUUGCCCGUCAAGUACGAACAUGUUGUUUUCUGCAACAUGUCCGAAUUCCAACUGGGCCUCUAUAAGCAUUUCAUUCAAAGUCCCGAAAUCAAAAGCUUACUCCGCGGAAAGGGAAGUCAACCCUUAAAGGCAAUCGGCCUUCUAAAGAAACUUUGCAAUCACCCGGAUCUCCUUAAUCUCUCUAAUGACCUUCCGGGUUGCGAGUACACCUUCCCGGAGGACUAUGUCCCGCCGGAAGCACGAGGGCGUGAUAGAGAUAUCAAAUCUUGGUAUUCAGGAAAGAUGAUGGUCUUGGAUCGAAUGCUAGCGCGCAUUCGCCAGGAUACUAAUGACAAGAUUGUUUUGAUUAGCAACUACACCCAGACCCUCGACCUAUUUGAGAAGUUGUGCAGAACCCGGGGGUACGGCUCCUUGCGACUAGACGGAACCAUGACGGUUGGGAAACGACAGAAGCUGGUCGACAAGUUCAAUAACCCCGACGGGGAAGAGUUUGUCUUCCUGUUGAGCAGUAAGGCUGGUGGCUGCGGCCUGAACCUAAUAGGUGCAAACCGCCUUGUUCUUUUUGAUCCCGAUUGGAAUCCAGCUGCCGAUCAGCAAGCUUUGGCACGAGUGUGGCGUGACGGCCAGAAGAAAGACUGUUUUGUCUACCGUUUCAUCGCGACUGGAUCGAUUGAGGAGAAGAUCUUUCAGCGUCAGUCCCAUAAACAGUCACUUUCUUCGUGCGUCGUGGAUUCGGCGGAGGAUGUCGAACGACACUUCUCGCUGGAAUCCCUCCGAGAGCUCUUCCAAUUCAAACCGGAAACGCGGAGCGAUACACAUGACACGUUCAAAUGCAAGCGAUGCCGACCGGAGGGAACACAAUACAUCAAGGCGCCAGCCAUGUUGUACGGUGACACUAGUACUUGGAAUCAUUUUGUCAAUGACGGAGAGCAUGGGGCUCUCAGCAAGAUCCAAGACUUGCUGAUACGUCAAGAGACUGGAGAGCGUGAUGUCUCUGCCGUUUUUCAGUAUAUCAGCCAUUGA